AUGGAAGCAAGUGGGAGGACGAGGAAGGGGAUUUUGAGAAUUGUUCUACCAAGGGAAUCCAUGGAAGAUGCCAUGGGCAUCCCUAUAGCUAGGCAAGGUAGUCUGGGCAAUGUUAGGACUGGAGGCAGAGGCGGUCUGGGUGAUGCUAGAAGUGACCUGAAUGAUGUUCCUGUCAUGAUUGGAGGCAGAGGUGGUCUGGGCAACGCUAGGGAGAAGGGCGCUAGCGCUGGCAGGCGCUCUAGCGCUCACACUAGUGUAGGCGCUAGUGUAGGCGUUGCUGCUGUUGGCGCUGAGACGGGCAACGACUUCCAGAAGUUGGGUUCUGGCGGGAGGCUACUUAGAGUCGUGAGAAAGCAACAAGUAAGCAUAUUUAAUGGCAAGGGAAGUGUCCUUGGUUUUGUCAGAGAUGGAGAAUAUGAUGCCUUUUGGCUAGGUAAAACGAUUUUGCUCGCCCUUUUAUUCCUUAGUUGUUUUGGAAUUUUCUUGACAUUGACUCUAAUUGUUACAACAACUCAAUUUGAUAAGAAUAUGAUGGCGAACUCUCCACAAGCUCCUUAG